AUACAGUACAGUGAAUUCGUGGUAGGCAGCGCAGGUAUGCUGCUGCAGAUUUUUGUAGGCAUAAUCUUGCAUCUUGGACAGUUGUUUUCAAUUUUCAGCGUUACGUUUUGGAAAGAUUUUUUUAGUUCAGGAACUGAGUGAGAUGAUGAUGAACCUGAUUUGGAUCUUGCCAGAAAAGUGAUACAUCCAAGCCUAAUAAUACAAUGCCAGUAAAUCAGCAUCUCAAGUACACGUACAUUGGAUAGUUUUCCCUUCAGCCAGUUUUCAGUGGCAAGAUUACUAUGCAUUUGGUCUAUGAUCACUGCAGCUAGCUGUAAGUCUCUGUAUUAAUCCAAAUCCUAUGAUUUCACGCUCUAAUAUGGAACCAACUCGACUUCAAAUUUACAAUAUAUACCUUGUCUGUAUGUAUUAUUAGAACACAAUUUUAAUGAAUCCAUGAAAUUCAUUUAUUGAGGAUCUACAUGUACGUGACAAGCAAGGGCUUUCAUCUGCUUUUACAAAAACAUGGAGAAACUUCACCAUCACAUAAAUGAUUUAAGCGAGCGGUUACGCCGGCUUUCUCCGUGCGAGAGAUAUUGUGUUUACAAUGCAAGGAUGUGACUUAAUUGCUGACAUAUUAUACUGUGAGAUUUCAGACAUUAGCCUACUCUCGAGCUGAUUCAAGAUGGAUUCACCCGACGACAUAUGCUUCAAGGGUAAUAGUGCCCUUGAGUGCAACUGUACUUCCUCCCCACCUGAACUUCCCCCAAAACCGAGCUUUUGUAUAGAACCAUGUACACCCCCAACUACAACCACGGGGACAACCACCGAAACUCCAACGACUACGCCAGGUACACCACCUGGAACUACAACGGUAAUGACAGAAUCCCCACCUAUCACAACUACAGCAGAACCGUCAACAACAGGACCUAGUCCUAGUACUGGUAUUACGGACCAGCCUACCAUUGAGACCAGCCCUGUCACUGAUGAGUUCUCGUCUCCUUCUGAUACUAACCCCACCCCUGAUGCUGGACCAAGCUCUAGCCCCUCUAAUUUGUAUACUAAAACUGAGCCUUCUGAAGGAUCAACUUCUAACCCAGAAUAUACGACAUGGACAACUCCCGAAUCAACAACCACUUCAUCGAUUGGUCCUGAAAGCACAACCUUGGAAACUACUACCACUGAUUUCAACACAACACAAGGCAAUGAUACAACAACCGCAACGCCAGCAACUCAAGAUCCUGGCACUGAAUAUACGACAUGGACAACUCCCGAAUCAACAACCACUUCAUCGAUUGGUCCUGAAAGCACAACCUUGGAAACUACUACCACUGAUUUCAACACAACACAAGGCAAUGAUACAACAACCACAACGCCAGAUAAUGGCUCGCCAACAACUCAAGAUGCUGCCACAGGUACUGCACCCAUUGUACCUAGCACAAGUGAUAUGAAUAGUGGCAGUACAUUCGGUGGCACCGAAAUAAUCACAGAUAUUGCAUCUACUGCUGGUACCACACCGUACGAUGAUGGCACGCCCCCCGUGGAUACUAGUAGUAGCGCUACCAAUACAGGUAUUUUUACAUCAGAUGGGACAACCUUUUCCGAUCCCACAUCACUUGGUCCGACGGAAUAUACCAGAAGUGAUGGUAUGACUGCUACUUCUUCAAAUCCUCCAUUGGAAACAUUUUCAACAGGCUUACCCAACGGUACAUCCCCUAACUUAAAUGAAACAACUCCUCUUAUAUCAACGACGGAAACAGCAUUGCCUACCUGUUAUGAUAACUGCAAUAUUACAGCAUCUCCAUCUGCUGAAACAACAUUGCCUCCCUGUUAUGAUAACUGCAAUAUUACAGCAUCUCCAUCUGCUGCUCUCAUCGCUGGUUGUGUAUGUGGGGCAGUUGCCAUCAUUGUCCUCUGUGGAAUCCUAAUAUGGUAUCUCUGGAAGAACAAAAAGUGUUGUUUUGCUCCUGUGGGCAGCAGGGGGAAAAAUGGAUCUAAAGAGUGUUUGGCUGAUCAUGAAGAGAAUAAUGUGGAACUGACGAAAGUCGAGAAAAAGGGGACAGUCAUACUCACCCCUGUAACCAACCCAACAGUUAUGCCUGGACCUCUACCACCAAUUCCUAAUUCUGAAAUAACUCCCGUGAAUCACCCCAGCACAGAGGAGACAUCGCCCUCACACAGCACAGGGAGCAAACCGGGCAACGCUACGUCCAAAAAGAAAAAGAAACUGAGCAGAUCGAACAGGGUUAGUCCAGAACCCAUUCCUGGUCCUACGUCACCAAAAGGAGGAGGAGGUGGAUAGCCAAGAGACAUUCCGAAAUGCUCAUUGUACUUUCUCAACUCAUCCUCGCUAGUUAUUAUUGGCUGGUCUACCACAAGCAGUGCCAUGUGAAGUUGCUGACAUGGGCAAUUAAUGAAUGAAGGAAUUUAUUCGGCAAUAUAAAAAUGAAAACCAAAUUCGUUUACAAUCACAAGGAUGUGCAUAAUGAUGAGCCAGGACCUCUUAAAAAGCAACUCAUGCUUGUGGGCAAGGCCCUACGGCAACACUUGUGGGCACGACAAGAACAGUUCUUGAUGACUCUGAGCAAAAGUGUUACACAGUUUUGUAUGGUCUGUAUCUCCGUGGACAAAGCCAUGUUUACUGCCAAGAAAUUAUUCUAUACCCUACAUCUUGGCCUACAUCUUAGCAGAUGUAACUGUAUGUAUAGAAAAUUGUGUGUUAUUCAAGAAAGAGGACAAAUUGUGCAACUAUCGCAUCAGAUAUCCAGUGUAUCCCGAAUCCGUCCCUUCCUCACUUGGUCGAUGAUGAGGUUAGAUUGUUCUGGAGAUGAUGAUAUCUCAGGACAGUAUUGGCCAUACGGUGGUCAAAGACACCUUGUGCAACCGCGCUGCCACUGUACUGAACAACAACCACUGCCCUGGUGUGACACUAGUCUCAUCUGAUUUAGAGUAUACAUCACGUCUUGUUCAGAGAUGCAACCUGUAGGUAACAACAGUAAAUACUGUUCUUUCGACUUUGGACAAUCUCUGAUAGCAAAUGAAAUAUUCUUGUGUCAGCAUAAUCGCCACAAUCCAAUGAUAGUCUUGUUUAAGGCUCUGUUAGCAGAUAUCAGAAGAAAUACCGUUCUUUGAACAUUAACAAUCUCCAAUGGCCAUUGGAACAUGCUUGUGUCAUUGGGAUACUGUAUGUUUGCCAUAACGUCGAGAGUUUGUUCAAGAAGCUCCCACCAUGUAUCAACAGGAUGUACAGGAGGAUCAUUUCUACAUGGAAUGACACUUGUAUGCCAUAAAGAACAUCCAAAAUCUUGUUUGUAGAUGUAGCCACAUGCUGAUGUUCGAUCUUCAUUGGUAAAAAUUCAAAUUUUCAAUGAGUUUCUGGAUGGAAGCAAAUUUGGUAUUUAAUUUAUUGUAAGAAAGGUUCACCAGUCGUAAAAUCAUGCUUAAUUUAUGGACAACUUCAUGAAAAGACCCCCCUAGUUAUUUCAUAGAUGCUAGUGACCAUAAUUUCCCGAUGCUGCUUUUCUCUGAAGAGUGGUUUCAGGAAGUCUAUAACAGUCACACGGGCCGGGCGCUGGUGAAACAUCUUCUAUUAGUAGUCAGCAGCACUUUUUUGUGUUUCACAUGUAUAUCUUCACUUCAAAAGAUAAAUACAACUUUAGGGUUUCAUCCUUUACUGCAAUUCUGUUGGUGGUGUGCAAUGCAGUGUGCGUCUUUCUUUCAUGGUCUUGAGUGAGGAUUCUCUAUUACGAAUCAUUCAAGUUUUAUAUGAUUUAUUCAUCACUGUUUUUCUGUACACAAUUCAAUUGGAUUGUUUACUGCGUUGGUGUACACAUACACAUAAAGAUUGAUUGAACAACUAUGAAAGUGUCUGAAUCUUUAAAGAUGGUUCAAAUGUGUAAGGGGUUGUUUGGUUGCAAUCUGUCAUAUAUAUAUAUAAACUCCUCAAAAAAAGUUAAGAAAUCUGACUUUGAUCGAUAAUCCCUCCUCGGUUUUAGUAAAUAUCAAGGUGUUAUUAAUAUCACUGAAUAGAUCAAUUAAUUUUCUUUAAAAUGAUACCCUACAUGAUAUGAUUGUGGUUCACAUGGAGGUGCAGUGCCUUGAAAUGUGGGGCAAGGUCAAAAUUCAAAAGUUGCAAAAUGACACAAUAUUGAAAGUCACUGUUCUUUUUUCCGUGGUGAUGAGUGAGUUUCUCAGCGGUUUCUUUUGACUUUGAUCAAUAAUCCCUCCUCGGUUGUAGUAAAUAUCAAUGUGUAAUUAAUAUCAAUGCAUAGAUCAUUUAAUUUUCUUUAAAAUGAUACCCUACAUGAUAUGAUUAUGGUUCACAUGGAGGUACAGUGCCUUGAAAUGUGGUGCAAGGUCAAAAUUCAAAAGUUGCAAAAUUACACAAUAUUGAAAGUCACUGUUCUUUUUUCCAUGGUGAUGAGUGGGUUUCUCAGCGGUUUCUUGUAAUUGUUUUCAUGCACCUUAACAUCAACAUUAACCUACAAUCAAACACACCUCUGUACAAGCAAACACAUAAGAAACAAACAAACAUGCAUGGGUAUUUCAAACCAUGUUAUCUCACAGAACCAUCACUACAUAAACCAC